AUGGACACAGAACCCAAAAAAUGUGCAAAAUGUCGUACUUGUUGUUUUAACUGCUGUCGUCCAUGUUUGACUUCAGAAAAUCCAUUAUCAGUAGACCCCUCAUGCUGCAGCCGUUUUAAGUUUGCGUUUAUGUGUCCACCUCAUGGGCGAUUAGGGGCAUUAUUAUUGUGUAUAUUGUUAUUUGGAUUAUGGUUUGGAGUGAUGUAUUUUUUAACGGGUAAAGAAAUGUUACCAGGGGGUAAUUUGUUUGCAUUAUGUACGUUAUUUAUUGCUUGUUGGUGUGGAGGAUAUUUAUUCAAUUUGAUUAAUCUUCCAUCUUUGUUAGGUAUGUUAAUUGUUGGGGGUAUGUUAGGUAAUGUACCAUAUAUCAAUGUUGCUAGAGAUAUACAUACUCUUUGGUCUAUUGGUGCUAGACAAAUAGCAUUAGCUGUGAUACUAAUUAGAGCAGGACUAGGUCUGGAUCCUAAAGCACUGAAGAAGUUAUCUUUUGUUGUUAUACGAUUGGCAUUCUCUCCAUGUCUCAUGGAAACACUGACAGAUGGUUUGGUGUCCCACUUUCUUUUGGGAUUACCAUGGGAAUUUGCUUUAAUGUUAGGGUUUGUUUUGGCAGCUGUAUCACCAGCUGUAGUUGUACCCUCAUUAUUGAAUCUGUCAGAUCGUGGAUAUGGAGUAGAUAAAGGUAUACCAACACUAGUGAUAGCGGCUGCUAGUGUAGAUGAUGUUUUAGCCAUAACAGGAUUCGGUGUCCUCAUUGGUAUAGCUUUCUCAUCAGGUAAUUUGGUGUGGACAUUAUUUAAAGGACCAUUAGAAGCUUUAAUAGGUAUUUGUUACGGUGUAAUCGCAGGAAUUAUACUCUGGUUUAUACCUCAAAAAUCUAGUAAAAAUCUACAUCUUUUGAGAUGCACUCUAUUGAUGGUUGGUGGAUUAUUUGUCUUAUUUGGAUCAAGAGCAGCAGGUUAUGCUGGUGCUGGUCCACUAGGGUGUCUCACAAUGCCUUUUGUUGCUGCCUUUAAAUGGCGUCAAGAAAGAGAUCCAAUAGAAUCUGCUGUAGGUGUUUUAUGGAUGAUAUUUCAACCAUUAUUGUUUGGUUUGAUUGGAGCUCAAGUUAAAAUAGAAGAAAUAGAAAUACAGACAGUAGGUCUUGGUAUAGCUACUUUAUUUAUUGGUCUUGCCAUUAGAAUGGUCACAUCAUUUGUAGCUGUACAGCGUACUGAAUUAAAUCUUAAAGAAAAAUUUUUCAUUCCAUUUGCUUGGUUACCUAAAGCUACUGUCCAGGCUGCUAUUGGUGGUGUAGCAUUAGAUACAGCCACACAUUUGAAUGAUAAAGUCAGAAUGGAAUAUGGUGAACAGAUAUUGACUUUAGCUGUAUUAUCAAUAUUAAUAACAGCUCCUAUUGGAUCAUUUUUGAUAGCUGUACUUGGUCCUCGCCUCUUAGCCAAAUAUAAACCUGGUAAUCAGGUAGACAAGUCUGAUAUAGAGGGAGUAGAAAAUGAUGAAAGCAGUAACACUAAUAAUGCCUUAAACUUAAAUGAGGGUGAUAUUAAAGCUAUCCCUGUUAUAGAAAACAAUAAUGAAACCACUACAAGAAUGUGAUGGAAAUUCUUAUCUAGUCAAUUCCUACAAUAGGCUACAUAGGCUUGUGAUAAAAUCUUCCAAUCUGAUUUGAACAAACUUAGUCAGAAAUCAUGACUGGCCAUGAAGACCUGAUGUUUGUCAACACUGUCAAACAUAUUAGAGAUAACAUAGUUUAUUAUUGGUUUUUUAGAUAUAAAAAUUUUCCAGCUGAAAUAUUGAUGGCAAACUUUAUCAAUCGAUACAAGUACUAGUACUGUAUUUGUAUGUGGAAGAUUUUUCACUGCAAUAUUUUAUAUAGGCAUUAUUAUUGUGUCAUUUGAGUAACAAAGAGACAAGGAGGUCAAGAAAAGCCAAUCAAAAAUAUCAAGAUAUAUCCAUUGAAAUACCAAAUGAUAAUCCUUCCAUAAAUAAUUAGUAUAUGUCCAUCAAAAUAUCAUGUAUUUUAUCAAUGUAACAUGUAAUCUUUAUUUUAAUCUUCCAUUAUGAUAUAAUAUAAUAUAUGAUCCAGUGUAUGUAAUAUAUAUAUUAAUUCAUCUGAAAAAAGGUAUUAGUGUGUAGUAGGCUUAGUCACUUUCAUUUAAUCCCUUUUGCAAAAUUUUCUGUAUAUACAAAGUAGUCCAAUAACAUCUCAAAAUUCUUCUUAAAAUAAAUGGGAUUUUCUGCAUUCUUAUAAGUUCUUUGGACUUCGAAAAUAAAUAAAAUAAAAUGUAUGAUAUAUAACGCUUUGAUCAGAUUACAACACUAAUCUAUCUAAUAAAAUAUUGCAACAGUAAAUAUAUUCAAAUGAAAUAUCAAAUUACAGAUACUCAGUGUGUUAUAUGCUCUGUUAAAUUUGCUGUAAAUAUGUUUUUUGAAUGUAUAUGAAAUGAUUUGACAUCAUUUUAGCUGAAAGGGUAUUUCACAUGAAUUGUCCUCAAUAAAGUCUGUAUUUUUGUC